AUGGGUGACGAUAAGACGCUUACGAAGAUUCCACACUUCGAUGGUCACUAUGAUCAUUGGAGCGAGUUGAUGGAGAAUCUGUUGCGAGCUAAGGGUCUAUGGAACAUGGUGGCCGAGGGUUACUCUGAGCCAGCAGAAGGUGUUGAAGUUAUUGCUGCUCAAAGGAAGGAUCUGGAGGAUCUCAAGAUGAAGGAUCAUCAGGUGAAACACUACUUGUUUCAGACAAUUGAUCGAACCGUGUUUGAGCAAAUCCUGGAUCGUCGAAACUCCAAGGUGAUAUGGGAUUCGAUGAAGAGGAAGUUUGGUGGAAAUGAAAGAGUGAAGCGAUCUCUCCUCAACACACUGAGAAGAGAAUUUGAGGUGCUGGCUAUGAAGGGAGACGAGAAGAUUGAUGAUUACUUUGGGAGAGUGAUGACUGUCUCAAACAAAAUGAGAAGCAAUGGUCAGAUCAUGCCUGAUUCGAAGAUCGUAGAGAAUAUUCUCAGAACGUUGACAGAGAAAUUCACUUACGUAGUGAUCUCGAUUGAAGAAUCAAAGGACACGACAAGCAUGUCCAUUGAUGAGCUACAGAUCUCUUUGGCGGUUCAUGAACAAAAGCUCAAGAGAACGAGCCAUGAAGAAGAAGAUCAAGCCUUCAAUGUCAGAGGAAGGGGCAGAGGUUCAUAUCGUGGAAGAGGCAGAGGAUGA